UCCCCCUCUUCUUCUUAUAUUUCUAGGGUUUUACAAAGGGGCGGCGACAACCCUCAUCCUUCUCCAACAUCCAUCAAUGGCGUGCACCAUUGAUUUUAGACGCUUAGACGAAGGCUUCGGCGGCAAAACCUACAAGCGCAAGAGAGCCGAACAGCAGCAGGAGCUCGAUGCCUCCAUGGACGUCGACAACGACACCAACACCACCGAAGAACUCCAGUCUUCAAAGCGACAAGCCGUUUCUUCAACCGAAAACCCUGACAAACCGAUCUUCGGCAAACCGACAUACGACGGCGUGAUAGCCGGAAAAGUGUCCGGCAGGAAGUGGAAGCAGCCGAAAACACAGAGAUCGUCGGCGGUUAGGGUUAGCUUGAAGAAAUCAACGUUUGAAGAGAGAGCUAAACAGAAGGAGAUUAAGAAGGCGUAUAAGGAGAAGAUGACGGAGUUGAAAGAGGAGAUUAGGAAUAAUAAGAUUGAGAAGAGGAAGAAGAAGGAGGAACGGGAGAAGAAGAAGCAGGAGAAUAUUCUCAAGUCUGGAUCGAAGCUUCAGAAGAUUACGAAUCCAAAGACGUUGAAGAAGAUUGCUCAGUCGAAGAAGAAGAAGCUAUUGAAAGUGGUUCCUGAUAGUCUUAUUAAGAAAUAGGGUUUGCUUUUUGUUAUGUUUAAUAUCUGUUCGGUUUGAUUUGGAUGAAAUUUUGAAUAGGAAAAACAUUGUUUCAGUUUCAGUGUCAAUUUUGUUUCUUGAAUUUAUAUAACAAGUCUUCAAUUCAUUAUA